CUUGAUGAGCAAGGCCGAUGCCAAGCCUAGGCUCAUACGAUGGAUCUUACUAUUGCAGGAGUUCGACAUCGAGAUUCGGGACAAGAAGGGAGCGGAGAAUGUUGCCUCCGAUCACCUCUCCUGGUUGUACGCACCUCCUGCGGACAACCUCGAGGAGGAGAUCAACGACUCCUUCCCGAAUGAGAGACUGAUGAUGAUGUACUUGGUGGAGAGUGUCACCCCUUGGUACUCCGAUUUUGCAAACUAUCUGGUGGGCCAGCAGCUGCCCAAGGGGAUGACAACCCAUGCCAAGAGAAAAAUUUUCUCCGACCUGAAGCACUACUUCUGGGAUGACCCUCAUCUCUUCAGGAUCGGAGCCGACGGGAUAAUCCGUCGCUGUGUUAUGGAGAGUAAGAUGGAGGGCAUUCUAUCUCACUGUCAUGAAGGACCUACUGGAGGUCACCACGGAGGAAACCGCACAGCGAGGAAGGUGCUACAGUCAGGCUUCUACUGGCCCAUGCUCUUCAAGGACGCAGACACCUUCGUACACAGGUGCGACCGAUGCCAGAGGUCAGGUAACAUCUCUACCCUUGAUGAGAUGCCCAUAAUGUGUUUAUAACUUGUAAAAUUUUUUAUGUCUGGGGUAUGGACUUCAUGGGCCCCUUCCCUCCAUAUUUUGGUAAUACCUAUAUCCUUGUUGCUGUUGACUACGUCUCUAGGUGGGCUGAGGCGCAAGCUUUGCCCACUAAUGAUGCUAGACGUGUUUGUGGUUUUCUGAAGCAGCUAUUCUCCCGGUUCGGGACACCUAGAGCCAUCAUAAGCGAUCGAGGCACCCAUUUCCAGGGCCAGUUCGAUAAGUUACUGUCUCUCUAUGGUGUAACUCAUAAGGUGUCCGUGGCCUACCAACCUCAAACAAGUGGUCAGGCCGAGCUGACGAACCGGGAGCUCAAGCGUAUCCUGGAGAAGAUUGUGGAUCAAUCCCGCAAGGAUUGGUCCACCAAGCUCGAUGAUGCUCUAUGGGCAUACCGCACUGCCUACAAGACGCCCAUUGGUACUUCACCGUACCAGCUUGUCUAUGGAAAGGCAUGCCAUUUGCCCGUGGAGCUAGAGCACAAGGCCUUUUGGGCCCUUAAGCUGCUCAACUUGGAUGUUAGUGUUGCAGGUGUUGAGCGCAAAAUGCAGAUGCUGGAGCUAGAGGAGUGGCGUUAUCACGCCUAUGAGAACACCAAGUUGUACAAGGAGCACACUAAGCGCCUACACGAUGCAUGGUUGCGGGGUCCGAAAGAGUUCCAGGUUGGUGAUCGAGUUCUCUUUUAUAACUCUUGCCUGAAGCUCUUUCCCGGAAAAAUCCGUUCCCGGUGGUCUGGGCCGUACACGGUCACACAGGUGUUCCCUUAUGGCACGAUUGAGAUUGCCAACCCGCAGACUAAACCAUUUAAAGUGAAUGGCCAUCGUCUCAAGCUCUACUUGAGAGGCGAGGCCGAACGUGCGGAGUUGCCAGUGGACUUCGCGGACCCUUAGUUCCGCCAUGGGCAUACAGCUAAAAGACGGUAAAGAAGCGCUUGUGGGGAGGCAACCCCACCACGGUUUGCAUUUCUACCCUUUGUCUUUUUCAUUUUUGUCUGUUUUUUAGUCUUUGAGUGGGAGCACGCCCGCGGCAGUAAAAACACGGGCGCGGA